AAGAUGGACAACAAGAAACCAAACACACUCCUGGAUCUUGCUAUACAUCAACUCCUGAGUAAUGAAACUGCAGCCAUUCAUGCUGUCGAGAAGAUCCCAAGGGAGCUUUUUGUUCCACUAUUCUGUGCCUCCUUCAAGGGUGUGCAUAAGAAUAUAGUGAAGGCAAUGGUGAAGGUUUGGCCCUUUGCUUGUCUCCAUAUCGGCACAUUUACUGUGCGAGAACACCAUCGUGAACUCCUGACAGCCAUGCUGGAAUGUCUUCCAUUCCUGCCUGGUCAGAACUUGGGAUCUAGGAUCCCUAAACUGAGGAUCCUAGAUUUAAGGGAGGAUUCUGGCUGCAAGAUCGUCUGCCCCAAGAUCUGUACUAAAUCACCUGCAUGCUUGUUCUCCUGUGCUCACUCAGAGCACUCAAUCUUGAAGAUUCAGUCCUGGCAGAGUAUUGCAAGUUCAGAACCUGAGGUUCAACCUUCUAAUCUUCCCAUGGAAUUAAUAGUGAACAUCUCCCUUGUUAGUGGUAUCACCCUAUGGCAACAUGAAUUUUUGGCUCUGCUUUUGAACAAAGUGGAAGACAGUUCAGGGUCUUUGCAUUUAUGCUGCCGAGAUUUGGAAAUCGAUAAAUUGGGUGAUAGGAGAAACACCCUUAACUAUUUAGAUCUCAAAUGUCUAAUCAACCUGUCAGUAUUUCAGGGUUCUCUUAUUGAAGUCAACAACCUUCUGACUCGAGUGGGACAGCUGAGAAGAUUUUGCCUGUCUAGAAUCACUUGUAGAUCUUUGAAUGGGAAAGUUUUCCAGAAUUUUGUCUCACACCUUAGGUGUAUGGACCAUCUCAAUGAACUAAAUUUUCAUUCUUUCGUCCUCACCGAUCAUCUGGAAACUGCCCUGCGAGUCCUCCCAACCAGUUUGGAUUUCUUACAUCUAACAUUCUGUGAACUUUCUUACAAUGAUUUCAAGUUUCUAGCUGAGUGCCCUCAAGCCAACCAUUUAAAACUGCUGAAUAUCAGCAGUAAUCCGAUGUACUGGGAAGAUUGUGAGCCCGUUCAUAACCUCUUGCAUAGAAUCUCUGGCACCUUGCAGCAUCUGGCAGUUACUCAGUGUGUUUUAACAGAUUCUAUGGUUGCUGGUGUCAUCCCAGCACUAAGUCACUGUUCCCAACUCCAAGAGCUGAACCUCUCCGCAAAUCCUGUUAGUAUGCCCAUGCUCAUGAGACUCCUUGAGAACUUAACACCCUUGAUGGAGCUUAAAUACGUGAUAUAUCCUAUCCCUGUGCAUUGCUAUGGGAGAUGGCCCAUCCAAGAGAGUUUAGAUCAGCAGAAAACGGCUUAUGUGCAGGCACAAUUGAAACGAAUGCUACGAGAAGCAGGGAGGAUCGACAUGAUUUGGUUUACUUAUCCUAGAUAA